UAUUGUUAAUGAAAAUUUUACUGGGUGAUUGUUUAAAUUGCCGAUUGUGAAUAAAGACUUCUUCACUCCUUGCGUACUACGCAUGAUAAAGAAAUAUUACAAUAGCUGGCCAUGAUAAAAGUAGUAAAAAAAUCAGUGCAUCUGGUUAAAAUUUUAAUAAAAAUUUUGACUAAAUAAAGUUAUAAAGUAAUCUGCAAUGUAUUCUGAAUCGAUUACAUUACAAUCACAACCUGAAGAAAAAGAUGAAGUAAGAUCAAUCAAAGGAGAGUUGAAAAAAAAGCGCUGGUAUGAAUUUGAAACAAAAAUACUUUGGAGCAAUGCUAUUUUUAUUAUAAUUAUCCAUGCACUAGGAUUGUAUUUUACUAUUACCUUUCCGUAUUUAAAUCAUAAAAUUUUGACUGUAUGGGUAAUUGUCGUUGGAUUUAUGUCAGGAAUAGGAGUAACUGGUGGAGUGCAUCGAUUAUGGACUCAUCGAGCAUACAAAGCUAACGUUCCCCUUAGAAUUAUUCUGGCCAUUUUAUACUACACUGCUGGACAGAACAGAAUUUAUAAUUGGGUCAGAGAUCACAGGGUCCAUCACAAAUAUACAGACACGCCUGCUGAUCCUCAUGAUACAAAUCGCGGCUUCUGGUUUAGCCACGUCGGGUGGCUGAUGAUGAAGAAACGUCCGGAAGUACGAAAAUGUGGAAAAGAAAUUGACAUGAGUGACGUUCUCAAUGAUCCAGUCGUCCAAUUCUUUGACGGAAAUUAUCUGUUACUAAACACACUAUUUACUUUUGUGGUUCCAACUCUCAUACCUUAUUAUUUCUUUGAUCAAAGUUUAAAAUGGUCGUUCAUAUCGCAAGGAUUAAUCCGUUAUCCCAUGGUUUUAAAUGCCACUUGGGCCGUCAACAGUUUUGCUCACAUGUUUGGUUAUCGUACUUAUGACAAAUCUAUCACACCAGCGGAAAAUAUGUGGGUGAGCUUUGUUGCUGGCGGAGAAGGGAGCCAUUCUUUUCACCAUGUCUUCCCGUGGGACUAUAAAACUUCUGAAUUCAAAAGUGUUUUCUUCAAUGCAACAACCUGUUGGAUUGACAUGUUCGCCCAAAUUGGUUGGGCAUAUGAUUUACGAACUGUAUCUCUGGAACACAUAAAACGCACAGUUCAAAGAAGAGGAGACGGUACACACCCAAUAUAUCACACCAGUUGAAUAAAAUAAAAAUUUUAUAACAGAAAAAAAAAUAAAUAACAAAUUCAUUUUAUAAAGUAGUCUUUUUUUCUACAACU